CUCCCUGAACUGACCAUGUCUUCAUCUGCUCAUAAGGAACCCCGGAGGCGGAACGGCUCCAAGCAUGAUAAGAGGGGUUGUUUGACGUGCCGCUAUAGACGGAAGAAGUGCACAGACAACAACUUUCCCGUCUGCGGGACCUGCUCGCGUCUCAACCUCAAGUGCGUCCGUCAAGAUGCAAAGCAUGUCGUGCCGGAUGCUUGGGCCGCUGAGAAAGGUGCAAACAUCCUUGCGGUAUCCACGCAACCCACGAUCCCACCCGACAGCCCCCCCUUGGCAGGUGGUGCUGGGAGUGUCGGUGUCGAUUCUCCACAGAAGCGACAGGCAAUGAGGUACUACAUCUCGGUGUUGACAACACACUUGACUGUGAGCCAAGAGUUUAAUUCUUUUCUCACCGCCUUCCUCCCAAUGGCUAUGGAAUCAACGGCCCUGUUCGACGUUCUCCUCGCCUUUGCCCUGAGGCAUCUGUCCCUAAACGACGACUCUUACAAGGUCGCUGCUCUUGAGGCCAGAUCAACUGCCAUACAAAGCCUGGCCUCGGCCAUCAGCACGCCCUCGGAUCAGGUCGCAGACCACGAAACAAACGCUGCCGCCUGUCUUGGUUUUGUCAUAUACGAAGUUGGCGUGGGUGAUUGCAGAGCCUGGUACACCCACCUCAAAGGGACGCAGAAUAUCAUCAAGUCUACGGCGGCGCGUUCCGGUAGCAAACUUCUCAACGGGCCCGAGGCCUUCAAGCACAGCACAGAGGGUCAGUGGAUCCUGCGCAACUAUGCCUAUCACGACAUAGUUGGAAGCAUCACCUUGCGAAAGACGCCCCUGCUGCGGGGAGACUACCUCGAUGGUAUCACCGAAGUCGUGGAUAGCUGCGUGGGCGUUGCGACUGGCCUCCUCAGCAUCAUUGCCCGCAUCGGGUUUCUAGGUGAAGAGACCAUGACCAAGGAUCCGAAUUCGGACGAUGAGAUCCUAGACAAGUCACGGCAGCUACAGUCUGCAUGUGCAGAGAUUGAACAGGAACUACUCGGUUGGCAUUGCCAUCGCGAUGCCAGCCCCGGACUCGCAGCCCUUGCAUACUCAUACAGAGCUGCAGCCCUCAUCGUCCUCUACCGACUCGUCCGCAGCCGCAUAGAAUCCAGUCGUCGUGUGGCCCUCGCCCCCUGGGGAUCCGAGGUGGGCGCGAUGAAUGACAUCCAGGCUAAGAUUCAAGAGCAGGUUGUCAAGACCCUUGAACAUGUGUCCGAAAUCCCAGUUGGGUCCCCUCCAGAAGGGGCGCUCCUCUUUCCAGUCUUCAUAGCCGGCGGAGAGUCGGUUGCGCAGGACCACAUCGACAUGGUCCGUUCGAGACUUCGGCUCAUGGCAAGGCAGCGACAGUUUCGGAACCUCUGGCAGGCUCGCGAGGUCCUGGAGGAUCUCUGGGAUCUGCGCAAAACGAGGCCGGGCGUCAAUGCCGACUGGUCGCAGAUUCUAGACGCGUCGGGACAAGACCUGUUGCUGACCUAG